CUCCUCUCCACAAAACACAACCAGCCAUGGCCUCUCUCCUCCUCCUCCUCGUCGCCACCGUCUCUCUCCUCUCCUCUCCGGCAUUGUCCCUCACCUGCAAAACUCAACCAUUCUCCAAACACAACCUCACAUUCCCCAACUGCACCGACCUCUCCACACUCGACGCCUCUCUCCACUGGAACUACGACGCCGCGGCCAAGACGCUCUCCGUCGCCUUCACCGCCCCGCCCGCCAAGCCAGACGGCUGGGUAGCCUGGGCCCUCAACCCGACCGCCACCGGCAUGGUCGGCGCCCAGUCUCUGGUCGCCUUCGCCGCCCCCAACGGAUCUACAAUAGUCAAAACGUACAACAUCUCCUCCUACGGCCCGAUCUCCGAGUCCCCGAUCUCCUACCGCGUGCUCGCCAAGAGCGCCGAGUCCUCCAAAGGCGCGAUCACUAUAUUCGCCACGCUGGCGCUGCCGGAGGGCCCCGCCGCGCUCAAUCAGGUCUGGCAGGUCGGAUCGGCCGUCGUCGAUGGCGUCCCGGCCAAGCACGCCUUCGCACCCGAUAAUCUGGCCUCCAAGAGCACUCUGCAGCUCGCCACCGAGGCGGAGGGGGGUGCCCCGGCGCCUGCGCCGGGUUUCGCGGCGGCGCCCGGAGCAGGACAGAGCGGAAAUGUUAGCGGAGGCGAGAGCGCGUGGGGGAGUGGAUUGGGGGUGUUUGGGAUCUGUGCGAUGCUUGGGGUUUCCAUUUUUGGAAUUUAGAUAAUUUGUGAAUGAUUUUUCACAUUGCUCACGGGAAUGGUUUAACACAUUUUUAUUUAUUAUACUGUCCUCUUUUUUUUUAGAUUCUGUAAACGACAUUUUGAAAUAAAAGUUCUGUUUUGUUUGUGAGUGCUA